AUGCGGUUCGACGGCGACGCACUGUUGGGGCUUUCUCGUGAGGAGCUGCAUGCACGCGUGCUGCGUCAGGAUGCGUGUUUAAAGGGGUUGAUGGCGGAGGCCGAGAAAAAAGAAAAAGAAACAGAAAAACAGAUCGCCGAUAUGCAGAGAGAGAUAACACAUAAGCUGCGAGAAGAAGCAAAAGAAGCACUGGAGGCCCAGGCGAAGGCGGCUGUGUCGUUGGUGGAGACACGGAGCUGGGAGUUGUUUGAAAAGCAGCAGCAAAUGAAGGAGUGGGCGGCUGACAACGAACAGAAGAUGCUGCUCCUCGAGGAGAGGGUAGACGACAUGCAACAGACAGCAGAAGAAGACCCCGUUAUAGCGUCCGUCGUCGCGUCCUUGAGGCCCCUUCUCCCCGAGCUGGAGAUACACCCCGUUGCCACCCCCGCGGCGGCUCUUGCUCAGCUGCAGACCGCCGUCAACCGCAGCGCUCGAGCCGCGUUUGUCUCGGAGGGGUCUGGGGUCCUCUCUCAUUUGCUUGGUUUUGUUUUGGGUUCGUUGUAUACUGUGUUGCCGUCUCCGCCUCCUUUCUACUCUUCUCUCGGCAGCGAAGUUCAAACAAAACAGCCCCAGCUACAAGUCGUUGCCAGUAACCUAGAGGCCCUCCAUCAGGCCCGCAUGCACGCAAACAGAGCUGAUCUUUCGUCUGCUGUGGAGUGUAUGGAUCGCCUGAAGGGGGCCGCGCGUCGAGAGACGGCGGAGGAAAUCAAAAAAAUAAAAAUGAGUUUGGCUGUACACAGAGCUGUCGAUACACUCCACGCCCGGCUCGACUGUAUGAACGCCCAGCUGGCGCACUAG